AUGGAUCCGGAUGGCCGUACAGAUGGCUGGCUGAACAAGGGAGAGAAUAGUUUCGAAUCUAUCGGGCAAGUCAAGCGAAGUGAACACUAUGACCGUGCAAGUGAGUUUUUUACAGCGUAUAUCGUCAUGGUCCAAACAACUCUAACCAAUACAGACCACCGUUGGGCGGACGUGAACGGGGAUCGGAUGGCUGAUUUUCUCUGGAUCGACAAAUUCAAUGGUGAUACCAAGGUAACUAGUUCUAUGUGGCAUUUGAAGUCUACUAUAGCUGGUUAUGUCAAGGUGUGGAUCAACCAAGGCCCUGUUCCUACCUUGGACUCGAAGUGGAGAUGUGGGCCACAGGAUGGUCCGCGGUAUAUGGGAGCUGAUCGAGGAGCUUAUACCUGGUCCAACGAGUGUCCCAAUGAGGCUUUGGAUGAUGAUGAUAGCACUGAAGAUCCCAAGUUGCCUCAGUACCCUGCACCAGCGCAACCCGCUUCUAUAAAUAAUAACGGAGCUAAUGACGCCAUGUAA